AUCGAAUAUGCGGAAGGCGAGCUGGACGACUGGGGACGACAGCUCCACGCCGCUCACCACGUGUGCCGCCCGAAUAAAGUCCGCUGCAAGCAUUCGUUUUGUAAGAAGAGGUGCACACAGUUUGCUAGAGGUGAUUUCGAUACGUUACCUUCGGUGAUCUCAUCGGCUCCUGUGAGUUCAAACGCAAGUUUGAUAUCGGGCAAGUUGCUCUGUACAUUGAAGUGGAACUCGAAGAACUCAUCCCACGUCACCACUCCCUAGUGGUACCAUCAAGAAGCAAAGACCGCAUUAGACCAUGUCGAAUCACCCAACCCAUUCUGGAUGACGUACAUCACUAGCAUUUAGCGCCUGAACACGAUCGAGAUACGGCGGCAACUUCUCCGGGUCGAAGCAUGAAAUCAACGUGAGCGCGAAGUCGUGCACAGACAUGGUUUGCUGCAUCGUAAGCGGGUUCACCGUGGCGUACAGGUCAAACUCGGCCCUCAAGAUUUGCUGGCGGAGUCCAUCCAAUGCCGCUUCAAGAUCCUUGGCAGAGAUAGUCUUUCCGAAGCGUCCAAACAGGAAAUUGGUAAGGCGUGGCAAAGUAUCCUCAGCAGAAAUCGGCACUUGCUCUCCACCUUCCGGAGCGAUGAUAGGUCGAAGAAGAUUUUCAAUCACAGCACAGAACUCUGCUUUGUCCACUGAUCCGUCGCCAUCCAGAUCGAACAUGCAAAAAGCGACGUCGAAAUGCUCCUUCGGAACUAUACAACAUAACAGACAAGCAGCGGUAAGCUCAACCCUCUUUCAUUAAGCUUGCGUCUAUGAAGAGACAACCAAGAACUUACUCUGUAGCAGAUGGACGAGCAGAUAGCACUCCUCGUAUGUAAUGAGGCCGUUGGUAUCCCCCACAAAGUCGCAUGAGUACGUUAGAUCGGGUCGCUGUGACAAGGUAAGUAUUAGUUCCCAGUUCAAAAUGUUAUGCUAUUAUAGAUUGUCGACUCACAGGUGAAUGGAGAUGGAACUGAGGGAGCACAAAAGAGUGCAGGAAGUCGGUAAAAGUCAUGACCUUGACGCGUCGGCCAUCUCCUGCGUCCAAGCUCUUGCUGGCGUACAUGUCGAACCGCGUACGCAGUGAGUCAAUUGCCUCUCGGCGCUGUUUGUACUCAUCCAGGUGGGUCUUCAUCUGGUCCACCUCUUGCAUGUUAGCCUCAUGCUUGCUUCGCUGCUUGAGGAGAAGACGGCGGGUCCCUCUGAGCUUCAGACUCGUCUCCUCUCCUUCUGCGCUAAUAACUGCAGCUCCGAUUCCCCCUCCCAUCAGUUGUUUGGCUUCCGCGUGUGUAUCAUUCUCUCUCUCGGCUGCAGCAACCGCCACUGCCAGCGCCAUAGCUGCCAUACCGAGUGUCGAUUUUGAGAUCGUUUGGUGUCUGUUCGGCCGCGUUUUGAGUCGCUCCAGCUCAGCCGCAGACACUGCACGACUGACGAGCGAUUGGGACUCCACCGAUACGCCUGUGUGACCUGCACGGCGCGCUACAACCUUCUCCGCGACCCGCAAGACGCCGCGCACCAUCUUCUCCUCAAAUUUGGAAUCUGGUCUUCGGUAUCAGAUCGCAGAUUUUGUGUCGGAUUUUGGUCCCUGUUUUGCAUAAAUUUUUUGCGAAGGUUUCGCUACGGCUGUUCAAGAUCGGAUUGGGGCGGACCGAUUAUUGGUGCUGGACUUAGCAGGUGGCUGGAUGUCUCCGCCCACUGGCGGCUAUUAUCGUCCAUCGCAGCAGCGGCAUGUUGCUUCACUUCUCAAUCCGUUGACGGCGCGUAAUGCACCAGACGUCUCGCCGGUUGUUGCCGUCCACUUUGAUGCCGGCACCUGCACGCCCGGGCCGGUGCAGCUCGCGGCGACUGAGCUAUCGCAGUGCAGCCAGCAACGAAAGCACCAGCUCCGUCAAUGCUGGGGCCGCACCAGUCAGCAAUUCCAGCUCUUUCACACUCACGAACAGCUCCAUCGACAGCUGUGGCCCUGCGAGAAAUAAGGAGCCAGAGGCGACGCCCGUGCGAAGACCCGAAAGCACAAGGAACUCGCCGGUUAAGUCUGUGGAUUUGGCAGCAUACUACACCUUUACCAAGAGAAACAGCACGAUUGUGCAUGAUUUAUCUCCUGGACUGUCCGGGUUUCUCGAAUACCGGAAACUCAAUGGAACAUGGCGACCGUUCCUGUUUCAAACCAUCGGCCAUCAACUGGUGCUAUACCGAGUUCACUCUACACACCAAGUACUGGUCAUGUCGACGGACAUUCGCUGCGCCUCGGAGAUUGCUCUCGAGUAUGACGGAGUCUCUGACCGAGAGAAUACUAGAUUGUUGCGCCUGGGUAUCAAUGGCACGACGAUCACAUUGCGGGCUGUGACGCAUAGGGCAGCAAUGUACUGGGUUGAUGGGCUGCAGCGUCUCCGAGACGGCAAACCUUUGCAAAUUGUUAGCGAUCCCCCAUGCACGGAAUCUGAAGACGAGAUCUUCGACGAAAUCGACAAGAUACUGUCUUUGCGCGAGUGGACACCCCCUCCACCUCCCCCACCCUUGUGUGGGCUUUGCAUUUCAACUCGCACACCUGAACCUCCGACUGCUGGCAUGCUACUGAAAACCAAGAAAAAGAACGAAGGGCCUUCGACUGGCUGCAAGAUCUGCUGAGUAAAGUCGAUGCAGUUUAACAAGGAAUCCUCCAACAGUGAUACUAUUACUAAAUGAACAACUUGCGUAAAGCUAUUCCCCAAUGUAAAACUUCGC